AUGGCGACCGCUUCAAUCGGAGAUGAAGACGAAAGUUUGAGGGCAAAGAUCCGAGAAAAUUUCACCAACUGCUCCAUCUGCCUCAAAGAUUUUGAAGAUCCCACAGUCCUUCCCUGUCUCCACACCUACUGUAAGCGAUGUCUGGCCAGCUAUAUCCACGAUAAUACACCAGGAAGCAUUUUCCUGUGUCCCUUGUGCAAGAAAGAGACAAAACUCCCUAAAGAUGGAGUUGAAGGCUUCCUCCACAACUACUUUAUUGACAGCCUCCAGGACACUGUGCUCACACCGACCAGGAAGAAGAAAUGUGGUGCCUGUGCCGUAGACGAAGAAGAUGUUGAGGCAGUGUCCAAAUGUCUCAACUGCAGUGAGUACCUAUGUAGUCCUUGUGCCAAGUCUCAUAUUCGUUUCAAAAUAUCAGUGAAUCACAAGGUCUACACCUUAGAGCAGCUGCAUAGUGGAGAACACCAGCAAGAGCUCCAGGAAUUCCAACGUGUCUUCUGUCCUGAACACAAAGAAGAACCCAUCAGGUAUUUUUGCCUUAAGUGCCAAAUACCCAUUUGCCGUGACUGCAAGGUCCUCACUCAUGAUGAGCACAAGUGCACAUCCCUGGAUACUGCCAUAGAAACAGUGAAGCCCAAACUGGCGUCCAUGCUGGAGAAGUUAGUCGACAAGAUCAGCGGACAAGAAAACGAUUUAACCACCCUGCAGGGUGUGCUUAGGGACUUUGGUACCAAUACCAGCUCUGUGAUGAAGGAUAUUUCAGACCACAGUCGCCACCUUCAGCAACAGAUUCAGCAGCAGGAGAUAAAGCUUCUUCAAGAAGUUCAGCAAGUCAGCGAGGCUCAUAAGAAAAACAUCACCUUGUACAUGGAGAGCAGUGAGGUAACCACGUCAACCAUGAAGAGCACCUCAGAUCUAGUGAGUAGCAUCCUGUCCCGUGGUACUACAACCGAGAUCCUCAUUCUACAGCAGCAAGUAGGAGACAGGUUACAGGAGCUUCUGCUGCCAUCUGGUGGAGGUGAUAUCCCACAACACCUCAGCCUACAACUACAGACCAACAAUGAUGUUGAUAGAGAAGUGAACAAGGGGACAGGACUUGGAAAGAUACAACAAAAAAGACAAAUUAUUCAAGGCAUUAAUUCACGUGGACCGUUGAAUGUGACACGGAAGACACAGUUCAAAAAAUAA